AUGCAGUUGAAGAAAGUACAUUUUUCUCAAAAUGGUUAUGAUGUGUCAUUUGAUGCCAACGGGGAUCCUGUGGCCACAUAUGAGCUGGUGAACUGGCAAAGAACUGAGAGUGGCAACAUUGAGUUGGUGACAGUGGGACACUACGAUGCAUCACUGCCGGUGGGCCGGGAGUUCCGUAUCAACAGGAACCUCACCUGGGUGGAUGGCAGCACACAAGUACCUGUGUCAGUGUGCUCUGACAGCUGUCCUCCAGGAACUCGUAAAGUGCUGCAGAAAGGAAAACCCAUCUGCUGUUAUGAUUGUUUACCAUGUCCUGAGGGAGAGAUUAGCAAUGCUACAGAUUCCCCAGAUUGUCUCCCAUGCCUCAAGGAGUUCUGGCCUAAUGCAGAGGGGGACACGUGUCUCCCCAAGCCUGUAGAGUUUCUUUCCUUCAACGAGGUCCUAGGAAUCAUCCUGGCUGCAUUCUCAGUUGGUGGUGCCUGUCUUGCCAUUACAACAGCAGCUGUGUUCUAUCAUCACAGGACAUCCCCGAUUGUCAGGGCCAACAACUCUGAGCUGAGCUUCCUGCUGCUCUUCUCUCUGACUCUGUGUUUCUUAUGUUCAUUAACUUUCAUUGGAGCGCCCUCUGAGUGGUCCUGCAUGCUGCGCCACACAGCAUUUGGGAUCACCUUUGUCCUCUGUAUGUCUUGUGUUCUUGGAAAAACAAUAGUCGUGUUAAUGGCCUUCAGAGCUACACUCCCAGGAAGCAAUGUGAUGAAAUGGUUUGGGCCUACACAGCAAAGGAUGACUGUAGUGUCUUUAACAUUCAUUCAAGUUUUAAUUUGUGCUAUUUGGUUGGUUCUUAAUCCUCCGUUCCCAAUGAAAAACCUCACAACAUACAAGGAGAGGAUCAUCCUGGAGUGUGCAUUAGGCUCAGCUGUUGGGUUCUGGGCUGUGCUCGGGUACAUCGGCCUGCUGGCUGUCUUUUGCUUUGUGUUAGCUGUCCUGGCUCGGAAACUACCUGAUAAUUUUAAUGAAGCCAAGCUGAUCACCUUCAGCAUGCUGAUAUUCUGUGCAGUGUGGAUCACCUUUAUCCCUGCAUAUGUCAGCUCUCCUGGGAAAUUCACUGUGGCUGUGGAGAUAUUUGCCAUUCUGGCCUCCAGUUUUGGACUAAUAUUGUGCAUAUUUGCUCCAAAGUGCUUCAUCAUAUUGUUUAAGCCAGAGAGGAACACCAAGAAACAUUUAAUGAACAAAAAUUAA